UGAAAAGAAACUACGGAGAAAGGAAACCCUCGUAUACAUCUCAAUCUUUCAUCCUUCGCUGUUUACCCUCCCCCAUUCCAGUCGACGGUCGACGCGAAAACCCCCGCUACGACCUCCAGCGUGUGGCGACCCACGAAGCCUUCGGGCGACUUGCUACCUACGCGCAGUAGCGGUGGACUCGAGCAGCUUUUCUCCGGCGUGACCCAUCCUCACACGCGUGUGUUCUGUUCUGCAAUCAAGGCAUCGCGGCACGGUGUUGGUUACCCACGAGCAAGGGCGCCUAGCCUAGAACCACGAGCAACGGUUUCUGUUUUUUUCUUUUUCUUCAGCCUCUAAACCGUGUCGUUGGUGAGAUCGCGUCGCUGCUGCUCAUUCUCCAGAUCCCCAAGGGAAGAAGGCACCUUCUCUGUAGGAGACAUAAUGUCUUCAUCCAAAGAUGCGGAUCCAACCCUGGGCUACCUCACUCGAAAGGAUGCAGAGGUGAAGUUGCCGCGACCCACCAGGGUGAAGAACAAGACUCCUGCUCCAAUUCAGAUAACUGCAGAGCAGAUACUUCGCGAGGCUCGGGAACGGCAGGAGGCAGAAAUUAGACCACCCAAGCAGAAAAUUACAGAUCCGACUGAACUAGCUGAUUAUCGUCUUCGCAAGCGGAAGGAGUUUGAAGACCUUAUACGCCGUGUCAGGUGGAACGUUAGUGUUUGGAUCAAGUAUGCUCAGUGGGAAGAGUCUCAGAAGGACUUCAAUCGGGCUCGUUCGGUUUGGGAGCGUGCCCUUGAGGUCGAUUAUCGAAACCAUACCCUUUGGCUCAAGUAUGCAGAGGUUGAGAUGAAGAAUAAAUUUAUCAAUCAUGCAAGGAAUGUUUGGGAUCGAGCAGUUACCCUCUUGCCUAGAGUGGACCAACUAUGGUACAAGUACAUUCACAUGGAGGAAAUGUUGGGUAAUGUUGCUGGUGCAAGGCAGGUUUUUGAGAGGUGGAUGGGCUGGAUGCCGGACCAGCAAGGUUGGCUCUCUUACAUCAAGUUUGAAUUGAGAUACAAUGAGGUUGAACGUGCCCGAGGCAUAUUUGAGCGCUUUGUUCAGUGCCACCCCAAAGUUGGGGCAUGGAUACGAUUUGCCAAAUUCGAGAUGAAAAAUGGGGAAAUUACAAAAGCAAGAAAUGUUUAUGAGAGAGCCGUUGAGAAGUUAGCUGAUGAUGAAGAGGCAGAGCAACUGUUUGUUGCUUUUGCUGAAUUUGAGGAGAGGUGUAAGGAAACAGAACGGGCACGGUGUAUAUAUAAAUUUGCUCUAGAUCAUAUCCCCAAAGGUAGGGCGGAGGAUCUCUACAGGAAGUUUGUGGCAUUUGAGAAGCAAUACGGGGAUAAGGAAGGAAUAGAAGAUGCUAUAGUGGGGAAGAGGAGAUUUCAAUAUGAAGAGGAAGUGAGGAAGAAUCCCCUAAAUUAUGAUUCUUGGUUUGAUUAUAUAAGAUUGGAGGAGACUGCAGGGAACAAGGAGAGGAUCAGGGAAGUGUAUGAAAGAGCAAUAUCCAAUGUUCCUCCAGCUGAAGAGAAACGGUACUGGCAGCGUUAUAUUUAUUUAUGGAUCAAUUAUGCACUAUAUGAAGAACUGGAUGCUGCAGAUGUCGAGCGUACCCGUGAUGUCUAUAGGGAGUGUCUAAAUUUGAUUCCUCAUGCGAAGUUUUCAUUUGCAAAGAUUUGGCUAUUGGCUGCACAGUUUGAAAUACGACAGUUGAACCUUAAUGGUGCACGACAAAUUCUAGGGAAUGCAAUUGGGAGGGCUCCUAAAGAUAAGAUAUUCAAAAAGUACAUAGAGAUAGAGCUGCAGCUGGGAAAUAUAGAUAGAUGCCGUAAACUAUAUGAGAAGUAUUUGGUGUGGUCACCUGAAAAUUGUUAUGCAUGGAGCAAGUAUGCAGAAUUGGAGAGAUCUCUGUGUGAAACUGAGCGUGCCAGGUCUAUAUUUGAGCUCGCUAUUGCACAGCCUGCGCUGGAUAUGCCAGAGUUAUUGUGGAAGGCCUACAUUGAUUUUGAGAUAUCCGAGCAUGAAUUUGAAAGAACGAGAGAGCUGUAUGAGAGACUUCUAGACAGAACAAAACACUUGAAAGUGUGGAUCAGUUAUGCCAAGUAUGAGGCAUCAGCAAUGGAGGAUGACAGCCAGCUUUCGGAAUUACCAGAAGACAAAGUGCAGGAAUAUCUUCGUGCACGGAAGCAACAAUGUAUUCAACAGGCUAGAAGGGUCUUCGAAAAAGCUAUUACUUACUACCGAAAUUCUGCGCCAGAGUUAAAAGAGGAGAGAGCUAUGCUCCUUGAGGAAUGGUUGAAUAUGGAGACGAGUUUCGGCGAACUUGGUGAUGUCAGCUUAGUGCAAUCCAAGCUUCCAAAGAAGCUUAAGAAGAGGCGUCAAAUUGCUAGUGAGGACGGUCCCGCCGGUUUCGAGGAAUACAUAGAUUACUUGUUCCCUGAAGAAACUCAAACUACAAAUCUCAAGAUCCUCGAAGCUGCAUACCGUUGGAAGAAGCAGAAAGUUGACGAUAAUUAAUUCGGCCUUUCUUUCUCUCACUCCCUGCCCCACACGGUGGUUCGUGCUAGCAUACUUGCAAAGGGAAUGUUCGGAUUUUGCUGCAGAAACUGGCAACUGCCCCUGAUACUCCUCGUAGGAUGGAGUCGCCCAAUGUGACUGGUAAUUGUAUAUCGUAUGCACUGGAUUUAUAAAGGAAAAUGUUAGUCAUUGGUGUACAUACAGAUUGUUAGUCUUGUCAACGAUUUGUCAACGGUAGCUUUAGAUUACUUGAUAUCCCUGUAGGAGGCAGGGAUGGAAAGACCUGUAGGUUAUGUUCCUUGGAUUCAUCUUUGUGUUUUAAAACAUAUUGGAUAAAAUGGAUUCGUUGAGUACAUCUUUGGUGGGCUCAUGUUUGAAAAGCAAA